CGCCCGGGCGGCUGACUGCGGGCACUUUGAUGAAUCACGUGUGUCGGGGCCCUCUUAAAGAGAUAGGCACCUACUUUUUCUCCACCCUAAACACCGCCUUGAGGGCGGCGGCGACCGUGGUAAUUGCAGCUGCUCAGGGGCAGGGCUUGCCCCAGCGCCGAGUAGUGGCAACGGCGUGUUGCGUCGGGGGUGCCUGGGAGCCGGGAGCCCCGGGGGCCUGAAGUCGGCAGCUCCCCAGGCAGACACACUCUUACACAGGAAGAAGUGCUGCCGAAUCCGCGCGGGGCAGCCUCAGUCGAGGAGAGGGGCUUCCUCAGUUGAGGAGAGGUGGGCUUCCAGGGUACAGGUGACAGGGCCGGAGAAAGAUGGAGCAGCCCGGGGCGGCGGCGUCGGGAGCGGGAAGCGGCGGCGAGGAACCCGGUGGGGCCCGGAGCAACAAGCGGAGCGCGGGGAACCGGGCCGCCAACGAAGAGGAAACGAAAAACAAACCUAAAUUGAACAUUCAAAUAAAAACUUUGGCAGAUGAUGUGCGUGACCGAAUUACAAGUUUUAGAAAAUCUACUGUCAAAAAAGAAAAACUUCUUAUUCAGCAUCCCAUUGAUUCUCAAGUCGCGAUGAGUGAGUUUCCAGCAGCUCAGCCAUUAUACGAUGAACGGUCUUUGAAUUUGUCAGAAAAGGAAGUACUGGAUCUUUUUGAAAAAAUGAUGGAGGACAUGAACCUUAAUGAAGAACGAAAAGCUCCUUUGCGAAACAAAGAUUUUACCACCAAGCGUGAGAUGGUCGUCCAGUAUAUAUCUGCUACUGCCAAAUCUAUAGUUGGAAGUAAAGUUACGGGAGGACUGAAAAACAGCAAACAUGAAUGCACCCUGUCUUCACAAGAAUACGUUCAUGAAUUACGAUCUGGUAUUUCAGAUGAGAAACUUCUUAAUUGCCUAGAAUCUCUGAGAGUUUCCUUAACCAGCAAUCCUGUCAGCUGGGUUAACAACUUUGGCCACGAAGGUCUUGGACUCUUAUUGGAUGUGCUGGAAAAGCUUCUGGAUAAGAAACAGCAAGAGAAUAUUGACAAGAAGAAUCAGUAUAAACUUAUUCAGUGCCUCAAAGCAUUUAUGAAUAAUAAGUUUGGAUUACAAAGGAUCCUAGGAGAUGAGAGAAGUCUUUUACUAUUGGCAAGAGCAGUUGACCCCAAACAACCCAACAUGAUGACUGAAAUAGUAAAAAUACUUUCUGCUAUUUGCAUUGUUGGAGAAGAGAACAUUCUAGAUAAACUUUUAGGGGCUAUAACUACAGCAGCAGAAAGAAAUAACAGAGAACGAUUUUCACCAAUUGUGGAAGGAUUAGAAAAUCAUGAAGCUUUGCAAUUACAGGUGGCCUGCAUGCAGUUUAUAAAUGCCCUGGUCACUUCUCCUUAUGAGCUUGAUUUUCGAAUACAUUUAAGGAAUGAAUUCCUUCGUUCAGGACUGAAAACAAUGUUACCAGAUCUAAAGGAAAAAGAGAACGAUGAGCUUGAUAUUCAGUUGAAAGUAUUUGAUGAGAACAAAGAAGACGACCUAACUGAGUUAUCACACCGUCUCAAUGACAUUCGAGCAGAAAUGGAUGAUAUGAAUGAAGUGUACCAUCUUCUGUAUAAUAUGUUGAAGGACACUGCUGCUGAAAAUUACUUAUUAUCCAUUCUACAACAUUUUUUGCUCAUCAGAAAUGAUUAUUAUAUCAGGCCACAGUAUUACAAAAUAAUUGAGGAGUGUGUUUCACAGAUAGUGCUGCACUGCAGUGGUAUGGACCCAGAUUUCAAGUAUAGGCAAAGAUUAGACGUUGACUUCACUCAUCUGAUAGAUUCUUGUGUGAACAAGGCAAAAGUUGAAGAAAGUGAACAAAAAGCAGUGGAAUUUUCAAAGAAGUUCGAUGAAGAAUUCACAGCUCGACAGGAAGCUCAAGCUGAGCUUCAAAAAAGAGAAGAAAAAAUCAAAGAGCUUGAAACAGAAAUCCAGCAACUUCGAACCCAGGGACCUGGACUCUCAGGUUCAGCAGGAAUUCCAGACCCCCCUCCUCCUCCACCUGUGUUGUCAGGUGUGGGGCCACCUCCACCCCCACCUCCACCAGCACCACCUCUGCUCAAAGGAGUUCUCCCUCCUCCUCCACCUCCUUUACCUGGUGUACCACAGCCACCCUCUUUGUUGGGGGGACCUCCUCCACCACCUCCUCCCCCAGGAGCACUACUUGAUCUGCCGUAUGGAAUGAAGCAGAAAAAAAUAUAUAAACCUGAGGUGUCCAUGAAGAGAAUCAACUGGUCAAAGAUUGAACCCAGAGAAUUAUCUGAGAACUGUGUCUGGUUAAAAGUUAAGGAGGACAAGUUUGAAAAUCCAGAUCUCUUUGCAAAAUUGGCACUGAAUUUUGCUACCCAACUAAAAGUUCAAAAGAAUCCAGAAGCUCCAGAAGAAAAGAAGACCCUGCCUCCAAAAAAGAAGGUGAAAGAAUUGAGAGUUUUGGAUCCCAAGACAGCCCAGAAUCUGUCUAUCUUCCUGGGAUCAUAUCGUAUGCCAUAUGAAGAUAUAAAAAACAUUAUUCUGGAGGUUAAUGAAGACAUGUUGAGUGAGGCCUUAAUUCAGAACCUUGUAAAACAUCUUCCCGAGCAGAAAGUACUCAGUGAAUUAGCACAGCUGAAGGGUGAAUAUGAUGACCUCUGUGAGCCAGAACAAUUUGGAGUUGUGAUGAGCUCAGUGAAAAUGUUGCGGCCUCGUCUCAAUAGCAUUCUUUUCAAGCUCACGUUUGAAGAACACAUAAACAACAUCAAACCAAGCAUCAGAGCAGUAACUCUUGCCUGUGAAGAACUGAAGAAAAGUGAAAGCUUUAACACACUUUUAGAGUUAAUUCUUUUGGUUGGAAACUACAUGAACUCAGGCUCAAGAAAUGCCCAGUCUUUGGGUUUUAAGAUCAACUUCCUUUGUAAGAUCAGAGAUACUAAAUCAUCAGAUCAAAAAACAACCCUCUUGCAUUUUAUUGCUGAAAUUUGUGAGGAAAAAUACCGGGAUAUCCUGAAAUUUCCUGAAGAACUGGAACAUGUAGAAAGUGCAAGCAAAGUUUCAGCUCAGAUUCUCAAGAGCAACCUUGCAGCGAUGGAACAGCAGAUUGUUCAUCUGGAACGUGACAUCAAGAAAUUCCCCCAAACAGAAAAUCAACAUGAUAAGUUUGUGGACAAGAUGACGAUAUCCUUUAUUUAUUUAAGUAUUUUGUUUGUUUGUUAGUUUCUGUGUGUAUGU